AUGAAAACCGUAUCCCCGCCACACGUUAGCCCCGAGCGGGCCAAGCACCUCGAGCGCAACCGCGUCGCCGCCAACAAAUGUCGCGAACGCAAGAAGCGAGAGCACAAGCAAAUCGAGCGUCGUCUCAGUGACGAAACCGAAAAGAAAGAAAUCCUCCUCGCCCAACUGAACUCUCUACGAGAAGAAGUCUGGGGUCUGAAAAACAUCAUCUUCCAACAUGCCGAGUGCGAUGAUCAUCGAAUCAAUAACCAACUCGCGCAAAUGACCCAGACUGUCCUCGCAGGGCCGGUACCCGAAAUGGUCAUGAGCGCCUCGCCAAAGUCGCCUACCUCGCCCACCUCGCCCACCCAAACCUGGUCGGAUGAGUCGGUCGCAGAUGAUAAUGUCAAGCUGAUCGACCCGGGCGCAUCUGAUCCUAUCGACUGGUCUUCACUGCCUCCUAAAGAUAUGAUCUAUGAUCCUGUCUUGACGGAAUCCAUAUUCGAUAAUUUCAUUGAUGCGGACAACCUAUACACGUAG